ACACUAUGUACACAGAUAACACUAAAGCGAUGAACGACUUGUUGUUUUCGCUUUGGUCAUCAUUAAAAACUCCAGUUAGGUUUUGGUUCAGCGAAAUUGUGACAGUAACCUUCGGUUUUCAACAAUCCCUUUGCGUCGACCAUGUGCCCACUGCUGGAAAUUUGUAUCGAUUCGUUCGAAUCGGCCGUGGCAGCGAUUCGAGGCGGAGCGGAUCGCCUCGAACUGUGUGCUGCCCUGAGCGAAGGCGGCCUAACGCCGUCUGUGGGAUUACUUCGUGAGACGCGCAAUUUUAUCCAGGAGAAUAAUCAAUUCCAACCGGUGCAACUCUACGCCAUGAUACGGUGCCGGAGGGGAAGCGAUUUCUGCUACAGUCCAGCCGAGAUGCGAAUUAUGCUGCACGAUCUGGAGCUGCUGGCCGAGAAUGGGGCCGAUGGGUUUGUGUUUGGAGCGCUGGAUGAAGCGGGGAAUGUCCAUCGAGAGAACUGCGGAAUGGUGGUGGCGGAAGCGUUGAAACACAGGAAGGCGAUCACCUUUCACAGAGCGUUUGAUUGCACGGACCGGACUGAGAUGUUGGCGAACGUAGAACUGGUGGGCUCGUUGGGGUUCACGACGCUUCUGAGCAGUGGACUGGAGAGUACGGCCAUGAAGGGGAUUGGAAAUCUGGUGGAAAUGGUUAAAUUUGUUGCUGAGCGCGAUGAUAUUCAACUGACUAUCAUGCCUGGCUCGGGAGUUUCGCCGAAUUAUGCGCAGGAAAUUGUUCAAAAGACUGGAUGCAAGGCAAUCCAUGCCUCAGCUCGAUCGUUGAAGAAGGAUUCGAAAGGAAGCUCUAUCGCGAUGGGUGGAAAUGCAGCUGAUGGCGAGGGUUUGCUGGUAUGCAACGAAACAAUUGUGAGGGAUAUCAAAAGCCAAAUUACAAGCUGAAGGGACGUGAUAUAAAAGUUUGUGUCAGCGAAAUCGGCGAUUGGAAUUGUAUUAAUACUUAGGAAAUCGAAUUAUUUGAUUAACUUGAUGGCAUCACUUUUCCACUUAUUGUUCUGAAAAUCGAGAAAGAAUAAAUCCACGUUUACCAAACA